AUGUUCUUCAAACUCCCAAUACUCUUGUCUCUCCUUGUCGUAAUUUGUAGCUCAGUAGCGACGGAUGAUAAUUUUGGUUUCAUCUACAAUGGGUUCCCAUCCGCUAACCUGAGCCUCGAUGGCAUAGCGGAAUUCACCAACAAUGGAGUUCUGCAGCUUACCAACAAAACCAGAAACCAAAACGGACACGCCUUUUACCCUAACCCAAUAUCCUUCAAGAAUUCAUCAAAUGGCCAUGCUUUCUCUUUCUCUACCACUUUUGUUUUCGCUAUCCACCCAAAAUAUUCGGAAUUUUCCGGCCAUGGUAUGGCCUUCGUCAUUGCACCCACUCGAGGGCUCCCACUUGCUCUUCCGAAUCAGUACCUCGGCCUUUUUAAUGAAAGGAACGACGGAAAUUUUGGUAAUCAUGUUUUCGCUGUAGAAAUCGAUACGCAACUGAAUGAAGAGUUUCUUGAAACCAAUGAUAACCAUAUAGGGAUCGAUAUUAACGGUUUGAAGUCUGUGAAAUCAGCUCCAGCUGGUUAUUAUGAAAAUCAAACCGGUGACUUCAAGAAAUUGACACUUACUAGACAGAAAAUUCAAGUUUGGGUAGAAUACAACGGUGAGGAAAAGCAAAUUAAAGUCACUUUAGCUCCAUUCAAUAGCGGUAAGCCCAUUUCCCCACUUAUCUCUUUGUCAAGGGAUCUUUCUACUAUUUUUAACGAAAACAUGUUUGUUGGCUUCUCGUCGGCCAACGGUAAGUUGUUAACAUCUCAUUAUGUUUUGGGUUGGAGUUUCAAAAUGAAUGGUCAAGCGCAAGAACUCCUCCUCUCUAAACUACCUAAGCUUCCCCGAAUAGGUCCUAAGAAGCGAUCAAUGCUUUUGACUAUUGGAUUGCCUUUUGUUGAUGCUCGAAUUUGGGCACCAACUAAUCGAUACGUGUGCAGUGUUAAUUGGCCAAGAAACACACGUGAUUGUAAGUCAAAAAGGAAGUAA